AUGAAUUUUGUUUCCAUCAAUGUUAAUGGGUUGUCGGAUUCGCGUAAAGGUCUUUGGAUCCGAAGUGUUAAGAGCUCGUUGAAGGCCGACUUUCUCGGUUUACAAGAAACCCAUUUAUCUAAUAUGUCCGAUUUUACCAUCAGUAGGUUGUGGGACAACUCGAAUAUGGAAGCGGCCGUGGUAGACUCUGUCGGCAGAUCAGGGGGCCUUGUUUCGAUAUGGAAUCCUGACGUUCUCUCAGUGGAUCAGAUCUUUAAAAAUCAAAGGUAUUUGAUUCUCUCUGGGUCUAUGUCGGGUGUUGAGCAUAGAGUUAAUGUGGUGAACCUUCAUGCUCCUAAUGAUUCAACCAAUAGAAGAGCUUUGUGGGCUGAGUUAGGUGGGAUGAUCAACCAGGAUGGUGGAGUUUGGGUCUUGAUGGGGGAUUUUAACGAAGUUCGAUCUGAAGAAGAACGGGUGAACUCGAGGUUCGAUCGUGGUUCGUCCGACGCUUUCAACGGUUUUAUCUCCAGCUCAGGUCUCCUCGAAUACUCGAUGACAGGCGGUAAGUUCACUUACUUUUCGGGGCAUAGUGAUGUCAAGAUGAGUAAACUGGAUCGUUUCCUUGUGAACGAUUUGUUUAUGAGCUUAUGGCCAAACGCUAGGUCGGCCGUUCUUAGAAGAAGCUUUUCCGAUCAUUGCCCGAUAUCCCUCUCUUGCCUGGAUAUUGAUUUCGGCCGCAUCCCGUUCAAAUUUUUUAAUUCGUGGGUCGAAGAUCAAGCCCUAGUAGAGUUGGUGGAUAAGGCGAUGGCUUGCUGUAACGGAGGGAAUGUUGAGAAUAUUGCUCCUGGCAGCUGGGGAGUAGAGUUGGUUUGGUUUCUUAAAAAUAUUAAAGAUGCCAUCAAGAAGUGGCGAAAGGAUAGGAGUCUCAAUGAAAAAAGAAGUCGAUGGAGUUGUUAUCUGUUUUGGAACGAAUUGAAAAUAAAGCCAGCUUAG